GUUCUGUUGCCAAAUCAUCAGAUUGCACAAGGAAUCCUAAAACCAAUUGCAAACUUUGCACUGAGGGUAAAGAUUAUAUGGAUAAAGACAAUUAUAUGUCUACUUGCCUACGAUGUAAUUACUGUGAUGCAGAACAUGGGAUGGAAACUGAAAAAAACUGUACCAUCACCCAGAAUGUACAAUGUAGGUGUAGGAUUGGUUUCUUUUGCAAUUCUCCUAAGCCGUGCCGCCACUGUGAGAAAUGUGAUCAGUGUGAAAACGGGAUCAUUGAAAAAGACUGCACCCCAACACAAAACACGGUUUGUGGAAAAAAAGAUAGCGCAAAAGACGAUUUGCGAUGGCUUUGGUUAAUUCUGCUUCUUGCAGUGAUUGUGGGACUGAUUUUAUGGUGGUGCUGUUGUCCAGGGUACAGAAUUCAAAGGAAGCGAAAUCAAAAGGGCCCUAACGAUGAAUCAUAUGUGAGUCUCCUUUUUUGA